AUUAACGACAUUAAAUUUAACUAAAAGGCUUCGCGCGCGUAGAGCCAAUAGUCUCUCAACAGAGGAGCACUACAGUGCACCUCUCUAUAUAAAGUGUAUCAUUCUGUUAUCUAUGAAACAAAAUUUAUAAGAAAUGUGCCGGUUCAUCAUUUUGUCGAUUCUCCUGCUGCUCAGCUUCUCACACAGUCACAUCAUCUAUUCUCCUGAUGAUCAGGAACUACUCUUGGCGUUUGUGGUGAACCGACACGGAGAAAGGACACCGGAUUCAGAUGAGCUCUCGCUGUCUCAAGAACCAGAAAAAAUAAAAAAACUGACAUACAUUGAAGGUUUAGAAGGAUUGACAAAUACGGGCAAGCGACGAGCGUUCCAGAUAGGGAAACUCAUUCGCCACCGUUACGGCCCUCAAGGUUUCGGAUUGCUAUCAAGCUUGUACUUACAAGAUGAGAUUUACUUAAGGAGUACUGACAAGGAGAGGACAAAGAUGACGGCACAGAUGGCAAUGGCAGCGUUAUAUCCUCCAGAGACUGAACAGCAAUGGGAUGAGGGGCUGGGGAAGGUGUGGCAACCGGUUCCGUAUACCGCUGUGCCCUUAAAGGAAGAUUAUCUUCGCUAUUACUCGAACUGCAGACGUUUCAAGGAUCUUAUGACUAUCGCCAAAGCAGAGUCUCUGAACCAGGAGUUCAAACCUUAUUGGGACCUGAUCUCACUGAUUAAAACGACGACUGGCCGAGACUUCUCUGAAGAUCCUCUCCUGUUUGAAACACUUUUUGAUUUAUUUAAAAGUCUGGUUGGCCUUGGUUUGGACAUCCCAGCUUGGGCCAAGCCAGUGUUACCAAAACUUGGCGAAGCAGGCCGUCUCGCCUACCGACUGUACUUCAGAAGUAACGAAAUGGUACGGCUUGGUGGAGGUGUAAUUCUCAACGACUUCACCCAAAUGGCUGCGGACAUUAUAUCCGGGAAACCAGUUACCAAAAGAUUCCACAUGUAUUCCGGUCAUGACUUCAACAUUGGUUCUCUGAUGGAGGCAACCAAGAUCGUGAGGCACGAGCAGCCGGUGCCGGAGUAUGGAGCUAUAUUCGGUCUGGAGUUGUACAGGUCCAGGAGUACAGGGGAAUACUCAGUGCUGCCAAUAUAUGUGGCCAAAGCCGGCGAUACCCCGGUCCAAGAGCUGCACUUCUCCGACUGUGAUACCAGCUCUAGUUACUGCAAAUUCGAUAAGUUUAGAAAUAAUACCAAAGAGUAUUUACUGACCGAAAAACAGUUUUACUCUAGUUGUGAUAUAAAAACUGAGCUGUGAUUUUUGUCAGCAUUAUUUGUGAUAAUAGUUAAUAAAUCUUUAGAAGAAAUUCAAAGUACUUAA